AUGAGAAUAGUUGUUGCCUUUGUUUUCAUCCCUAUAGCGACCAUCAAGAUUGGCUUCUGCAAAGGAAUUUCUUUUGUUGGUUGCCUCCAAAGCGAGAGACUAGCACUUCUAAGGUUCAAGCAAGAUCUCAUUGAUCCUGCCAAUCGGCUUGUCUCUUGGACUUCUGAUCAUGGAGAUUGCUGUACAUGGUCUGGUAUUGUCUGUGAUAACUUGACGGGCCAUGUGCUUGAGCUCAGCCUUAGAACUCCCCCAAGGAAAGAGGUUGUGUCUCCAGCUGAAAAUGAUGCUCGUCAGAGGUCAAAGUUGCAUGGUAAGAUAAAUCCCUCUUUGCUUGAUUUGAAGCAUUUGCGUUCCUUGGACUUGAGCAACCACAAUUUUGAAGAAGUAGAGAUUCCCAGAUUUCUUGGAUCUAUGCAGAAUUUAAGGUACCUCAAUCUAUCUCUGAGUUCAUUCCAGGGUAUGAUUCCUCCCCAACUUGGAAAUCUCUCCCAUUUACAAUAUCUUGGCCUCGGUGGCAUGUUAGAUGUGAAGAGUUUGUGGUGGUUAUCUCGUCUUUCUUUGUUGAAACACCUUGAGUUGGAUGGUGUGGAUCUUAGCAAUUCCUCUUAUUGGUUGCAAGUGAUACACACUCUCCCUUCCUUAGUAGUGCUAAAAUUAUCAUACUGUAACCUUCAUCACUUUCCUCCCCAACCUAUUGCAAGUUUUUCAUCUCUUGCCUCCCUUGAUCAAAGUGAGAAUUAUUUUGAAGGUUCAAUCCCUGAUGGACUUCAAAACCUGACUUCCAUUAGACAUAUUGAUUUAUCUGAAAAUGAAUUCAAUUCUUCAAUGCCCAAUUGGUUGUACAGACUUAGAAACCUUGAGGAACUUUUCCUUUCGGACAAUCGCUUGCAAGGCUCGAUGGAUGGACUAGGAAACCUGUCUUCUAUCAAAGUACUUGAUCUCUCACAAAAUAAUUUUGAAGGAGGAAUGCCAGUAUCAUUUGGAAGACUUUGCAACUUGAGAUCAAUAUCUCUCAGUGGCAUCAUAUUGAAUCAGGAAAUAUCUCAAGUGUUGAAUAUUUUCUCAAAAUGCGUUGCAGAAGUUGUAGAGUCAUUGGACUUCCGGCUUACUAAUCUUUUUGGUGCAUUGAACAACCAACUUGGACUGUUUAAAAAUUUAAAAUCUCUUCUUCUAGAUUACAACUCAAUUUCAGGUCCUAUUCCAAGGUCUUUAGGGCAACUCUCAUCCUUAGAAAUUCUGCUUCUUACUAAUAACCAAUUCAACGGAACUCUUUCUGAAAUCCACUUUAACAAUCUCACAAGACUGACAGUUUUUGGUGCAUCUAGAAAUUCACUAAUGUUGAAAGUUGGUCCUCAGUGGAGACCUCCGUUUAAACUUCUGAUCCAUGUUCGCUCAGCUGUGUAA